AGGCAGUCUGGCAGAGGCUAGGUUGUAUCUUCCAACUUUGGGGUUUGGCCCUGAUAGGGAACCAUUGAGUGAAAAAUGAAUGAAGGGAUGCCCCCACUAAUAGGGGCUCCCCAGAGAAUAGCCCCGUACUCUUCCUGUUUCCUCCUUUUAUUCUUUCUCUGGACAUUAAGUUGAGUAGUGUGUUUUGUUAUAGUUCUCAGUACAUACCUGAUAUAAAGUGACGAAGCUGUGAAUCAUGUACAUUUAUUUGGUAAAGAGGUUGAUUCUUUUUAAACUGACAACUGUUGCUUUUACGUGUGGUGGACUGAAAAGGAAAGGAUAAAAUGCAAUUUAGAAAUUUAAUGACAGAGCUUGUUUUCAUUGUUAUCAGAAAAUUAUUCUCAAACGAUGGAGUAACCUUUUUAGGGACUGAGAUUUGUCAUUUAAAAGCAAUAAUGGGAUGCAAAUGUUGCUUGCUUAAUGGUUUCUGUGUUUGGGUUUUAAUGUUGACAGGAAAGAUGAGUUGCAGGGUCUUCAAGGCAAACAUGUUUUUCUUCCUAAAAGUUUUUAGUGUCCAUAGCCUGUGAUUCACAUUUGUGUGCUUUUAUUUAAGGAGAGUUUCAUUGACUUAAGUAUGUUUUUCCUAACUGUAAUGCUUAUUCAAUUUUGAGAAUGCCAUUCUAAUUACAAGAGCAUAGGAUAAAAAAGAUGUGAGGUAGUAAUUUAAUUUUAUUAUUUAGUAGCCUUUCUGAUCUAAGCACCUGAAGAGACAGGUAAUCUGAGGGAGUAAACAUACUUCUGUGACUGCUCUUCCUUUAAAGAGAAAUGAUCUUGUAUGGUUUUGGGGGUGUUGCAAUUGUUAAAAUACAAUUGGUACUUAAUCAGUUCUUAGGGAGAUUUUGUUUGUAUGCUUGUUUUCAAAUGCCUGUUGCCUGGAAGUUGUUUCAGUGGCAAAUGUAAACUUUGAUUUUCAUCCGCAAAGCUGAGAAUCACUUAUUUUAUUUACCUGAAGGUAAUAAUAAUCCAUUGACAGGAAGCCAUAGACUGGGAAUAACAUUUUUCCAGUUUUGAUGAUUUGUUAUUAUCUAUCCAAACUAUUUGAACUAUUUUUCUUUUUGUUCAGUAACGUACUUUAUAGAAAUUGUAGGUCAGGGCUCAAGGUAGAAUUUUUCAUGUUCUGUGGAAGUUUCUUCUUUGUCAGUUUUUGAAAAAAAAAGGUGUUAUUUUGGUAUUAACAGUAGUUUAUCAACAUGGCUUUAAAAACUGUUUCUUUUGUGGCAUUUAAAUUGUUUCUGUAUGGUGUUUGUAGAAAAGGCAGUUGUGAAAUGGGAAAACACUCUGGACAUGGAGUCAGAGUGCUUGGAGCUAGUCCUGGUACUACCCGGCAACAGUUUUAUAAUCUCAGAAAGUUACUUAACCUAUUUUAUUUUUAUAAAAUAAAAAGAUUAAGGAUUAAAAACACCUGCCUACUUACUAGGAUUAUUGUUGAGGAUCUAUUGAGAUAUUGUCUUUUAAACGGUAUCUUUAUACCAGAGACUUCUUCCCUGAUCAGAAAAUUAUUUCUUGGGUAAUCUAAAUUUUUCAAAUAUAGGUUUUUAAAAAAAUUUUGAGAAUCGAAUUUAUUGCUGUUGUAACAGUAACAUUUAAACGUAUAGAUACGCUCUAGGAAGAUAUUAUCAAUACAUAAUCAGAAAACCAAACUUGAAAACAAACAAAUUAGGGAUACUUAUUCCAAGAGCUUUCACUUUAAAAUAACCUACUCCCCUAAUGUGUGACUAUUAUAAACAACAUGCUUUAUUUAGGAACUUAGUUGUUGCAUAGUAGGCAGUGAAUGGUCUUGUGGAAUUUUUUACCCCUUUGAUGAGUCUGGCCAUUUCUAGGAGUUCACUUUACAUGUUUGUUGUAGCAAGACCCAGUAGUAUACAUUCUUGAUCUUGUCACUUCACUUAAUCACUUUGGGUCUCAUUUGCUUUGCCAGGAAACAGAUCACUGGUUCUUAACUUCUUUUGGAUCAUGAACUUUUUGAGUACUUGAUAUAAAAAUGUCCAACUCCCUAACUGGAAAAAUGCACAUAUCCACAACUUUUUUGGUUUUGUUUUACAUCAGACUCACAUAGCCCCUGGAAGAGAUGAACUCCCAUUCCCUUCCAUUUCUUACAUUUUAGGAUACUGUGAUUCUAAAGCAUUUUAACUUUUAUUUUUGUCUCCAGUAAUUAUAUAGUAUUGUAUUACUAUGUAGUCACAAAAUUAGCUUUUUGGACUUAAAAAAUAGCUUAAAAAUCUUAUUCAGGUAAACAUGAAACAAUUGUUGUGUUAUUUUUAAAGACAACUUUUGGGGUGAAGUAAGAAACUAUAAACAAGCACUUUCAGAAAGGUUGAGUAAACAGCUGUGGCAGAAUUACAUAAAUAAACAUUGUAGAAAGUCUCUAGCAGCCUGGAAAUAGAAUGCGGAAAGAGUCUAGCAAUCAGUGUCUCUCAGUGGGAGAACAUUGCCUCUCUGUGGGAAUUUGGAAACAUGUAAGGCCAUGUUUGGUUAUCUCAGAGUGGGGAGGGGGCGUGCACUGGCAUUUAGUGGGCACGAGCCAGGGCUGCUAAAUGUUUUUCAAUGCUUAGGGCAGUUCCAAACAACAAGAAAUUGCCCUGCCCAAAAUGCCAGUGCUCUUUGACAAACACUGGUGAGUGAUGUGAGAUGGGACCUACCACACCAGAAUAGCUCUUUAAAACUGAAGCUGUUUUGUUCUUUUAAAAAUAUUAUUCAACAUAAAAUUCCCUUUUGGAAAAAUUCACAGACAGAAACAAUUUACUAGAUAUACUAGAGCAAUUUGGGUUACUUAAAUGUAUAUUUACUCUUUGUCCUCUAGUAGCUGUUUUAGUAGCAGAAAGCGGGGGGUAUUGUUGUGUCUGCUGAAGUUUGGGAAAUGAGGAGUCAACUCUUGGUCUAAUACUGUAUGAUUUCUGGUAGGUCCUAUUUUAGGACGAGAUGCAAUAUUGUUGAAACGCCAAUCUGCUUUGGUUCAGGCAGUUGGCUUUUCAGCUGAGAAGCCAUUUCUUCUUCCUCUUUUUAAAAUUUUUUUGCUGACUUACUGAACUUAUGAAACCAUGGCGGAAGGAGAGACACAGUCACCUGGGCCCAAAAAGUGUGGUCCCUAUAUCUCAUCUGUCACUAGCCGAACUGUGAACUUGAUGAUUCGAGGAGUAGUGCUGUUUUUUAUUGGAGUAUUUCUUGCAUUAGUGUUAAAUUUACUUCAGAUUCAGAGAAAUGUGACGCUCUUUCCACCUGAUGUGAUUGCAAGCAUCUUUUCUUCAGCAUGGUGGGUACCGCCAUGCUGUGGCACAGCUUCAGCUGUGAUUGGGUUAUUAUACCCCUGCAUUGACAGGCAUCUAGGAGAACCACAUAAAUUUAAAAGAGAGUGGUCCAGUGUAAUGCGGUGUGUAGCCGUCUUUGUUGGUAUAAAUCAUGCCAGCGCUAAAGUGGAUUUUGAUAACAACAUACAGUUGUCUCUCACACUGGCUGCACUAUCCAUUGGACUGUGGUGGACUUUUGAUAGAUCUAGAAGUGGUUUUGGCCUUGGAAUAGGAAUUGCUUUCUUGGCAACUUUGGUCACUCAACUGCUAGUCUAUAAUGGUGUUUAUCAAUAUACAUCUCCAGAUUUUCUCUAUGUUCGCUCUUGGUUACCAUGUAUAUUUUUUGCUGGAGGCAUAACAAUGGGAAACAUUGGUCGACAACUGGCAAUGAUUUUGCUGGAGGUGAAAGUGAUCAGCAGGAGAGUUUAUCAGCAUCAAAUUGUUUUGAGUCUAAAUCUGGAAGAAUACAUAUAAUUAAAAGUAAGGACCAUUGAAAAAUUUAACUAGAGUAAAUAUGUUUUACAAAUACAAAAUGACCUUCUGGAGUGCCACAAAGUGUUAAGUGAUAUUAACUGUCAUUUGCAGUACAGUAUUACACUGCUUUUGCGCAUGGAACACAUAAGAAUUCCUGAACAGGUCAAAAUGAAGUUUCUAGUUGUCUUGGGUUCUGUAAUCUGUUGGGUUCUGUAAAGAGAACCAUUUGAGCUGGGCUGCUUCAUAUGAUUGAUUGUCAGUGGAUUGCAUCCGAGGAGUGGAUGGGCACAUAAUUUCUUAUGUAUCCAUGCGCCGCCCAUUAAUGAACAGUUCAAGAAUGUGGUGUUUUAGAAUGUAUUGGGAUGGCAUGUUGUGCAUGGUAAGGAUCCUGGUAACAGUUUUGUGCAAAUUUUUCCAACAACUGGAGCCUUUUGAGUAUGAUUUAAACAUAGUCUUAGUUAACCUUUUCCCCCAGUUUUUAUUUUUGAAAUUGAUGGCAAUUGUCUGAUACACAAGGGUGAAAUCUGCUUACUCUGGAGGGGUGUGUAUGUGUGUGUGUGUAGGACUGAGUGAGGGAGAGAGAGAGAGAGAGAGAGAGAGUGUGUGUGUGUGUGUGUGUGUGUGUGUGUGUGUGCAUGUGCUCAUGCUCUCUUAAUAUGUCAACUAGAUAUUUUUCCAGUUUUGAUUUUAAAACCAUUUCUGUCAGACUGAGAUCUUGUAUGCCAAACUUUAAUCUGCUCUUAUGUUUUAAGGCUGAAAGUGUGAAAAUCCUAAGAGGAUUUCCUAUUGAAUAUAUGUACACAAUCUUAACUAUAGUGGUGGUAAAGAUACUACUGUAAUUUAUUAUUCUAUCUUCCAGAUAAUGUUAUUCAUUUAGAACAAAUAAGGUAUAUUUUUAGAAUCAACUUUGUAAGCACUAUAAUUCUUUAAUAAGUUAUAAGGUCUAUGAUGUGUUUACUUUGAAAUUUGCUGUUUAAAGCAAGAUGUAUUAAAUAUAUAAUUAUCA